CGUGACGUGCGCUUAGUAGAGGUUAGUCAGUGCAUAUAUACACUUACGCCAAUAUAUAUAUAUAUAUAUAUAUAUAUAUACGACUGAUUGAGAAAAUACACUUAUAACUAUUGUCUUUACCAGUGUUUCGCACAGUCAUUACUUUGGAGAGAUACUUUUUUCCUAACUAAUUCCUCAACAUCUGGAAGAACAAACAACAUUUACUGUAGUCUAACUUACACAAUAUAUCAUUAAACAAGUCACUCAAUAACAAAUACUACAAUGGCAUUAUCUACACAGAAUAAAGAAUAUGCUUGGCAGGAUACAAAUUUAGCUCUAUUCGGUAGCGAUGAAGAUAAGAGGGUGAAAAAGGAAUCUGCUUUAGCAGAAGAGGCUUGGCGUCCAGUUCUAAAUUGCAGCUGUCCAAAAGUAUAUGUAUGGAGAGUUGAGAAGUUCAAAAUUAGACCAGUUAAUGAAAAUGACUACGGUCACUUUUUCAACGGAGAUUCAUACAUUGUACUGAAUGUGUAUAGAGACAACAGAGGCUUAGGUUAUGAUGUCCACUUUUGGAUUGGAUCAAAAAGUACUCAGGAUGAAUACGCGACAGCCGCCUAUAAAACAGUAGAACUGGAUGCUUUACUGGACGAUCAAGCAGUUCAGCAUCGUGAAGUUGAACACUAUGAAUCGAAAUUGUUUAAAUCAUACUUUCCAUCAUUCCGCAUACUUAAUGGAGGUAUUGAUUCAGGAUUUCGUCGUGUCACUCCAAAUGAAUAUCAACCAAGACUAUUGCAUUUCCAUCAAGAUGGAAAAUCACAUUGUGAAGUUCAAGAAGUUGAACUGUCAAUCAACUCAUUAGACUCUACAGAUGUCUUUAUUUUGGAUCUCGGUACUAAACUUUAUCAGUGGAAUGGAUCAAAGAGUAAUAAAGAAGAACGUUAUAAUGCUGCUCAGUUCUUACAAAAAAUUAAUAGUGAACGGAAUGGAAGAUGCAAAACUGCCGUAUUGGAUGAAAUGUUCACAGAUGCUAGAGAUGAAUUCCUACAAUAUCUACCAGAUAAACCAAUUUACAAAUCUAAGAAGUAUUACGAAUCAACGAAAUGUAUUUACAAGUUGUCCGAAGAUCAGGGUCGUUUCUCGUUUGAUUUAGUAGUGAAAAAUCAUCUACCAAAACGUGUAAUUGGAGAAGAUGAUGUCUACUUCAUUGAUACAGGAUAUGAAUUAUUUGUUUACAUAGGAAGUAAAUGUUCACCGGCUGAAAAACACAAUGCUCUUCCCUAUGCACAUGAGUACCUGAAAAACACACGACAUCCAUACAUUCCAAUCACUGUAAUUGGUCCGAACCAAAAUUCACCAGAGCUUGAAAGAGCAUGGGAUAAAGACAGAACGACAACUUAUGUUAACUGAACUGUCGAACAGCUAAGGAAACUGUUAUUCACUGGAGUUGUAGGAAAUUAUUUGUUGUUGAAGCUUGAAGAAGACGCUUACAGCCGAACAUUGUAUCACAAAAUAUUGUUUUAUUUCUUUCAUUAAAUUGAAACAGUAGCCACCCGUUAUCACUUAUUUUCUCAAUUUAGCGUGAAGUAUACUUGACCUUGAAAAAUGAUAUAACGUAAAAUCACCAUUGUAUUUUCCUACUUACAAAAAUAUAAGUAGUGUCACAUUUUCAAAUAAACUUGGGGUUAAUAUUUAUCCGUCUCAUUCUAAUUAAAAACACUCUAUAUCGUCUUUAUUAUUACAGCUACAAUAAUGGUAGGGAAAUGAUAACGAUGUUUGGACUUACAAUAUCAUAUGAGCUUUUCUGAGUUCAUUCUGCAAAUAAUAUAAACUUCAAUAAAAAUUCAAAGUUUUUGUAUAUUUCCUAUCUCCAUGAUUGAUUCAUCCAUAAAUAGAAAGGUUGAGACUGAACGGUAAAGAAACUGGUGUUUCGAAAAU